AUUUCUGUACAGAGGAUGAGCAAGGAGGACUAUUUAAAGAGACAGCCCUGGAGGGCGAGUCAGAGCCGGGAACCUUUCUGCAUCCCCUCUCUUCUCCCCCGCCCGCCCGCCUGCCAGCCUGCCAGCCUGCUCGCCUGCCUUCGGCUUAGUCCAGCCCAGCCCAGCCCAGCCCUGCCCAGCCCAGCCCCUCUCAGCUCCGUGCAGCUCAGAGACGCGCAGCCCCGCGGAUCCGGACCCAGCGCCUCGCAGCGCAUCCCAACCCAGCCCAGCGCAGCGCAGCCUCCUCCAGCCUAG